AGAGGUAGGUGCAAGUGUUAUUGAGCUAUACGAGGGUUUAACUGUGAGUAGCGGUGAGCCUCCUAUAGUCCAAAUCCAUGGAAACAUCAUCAACGUUGCCAAGAAAGAGAGGGAGGAAACCCAAAAAAUCGAAAAACGAGGAAGAGGUAGAGAGAGAAGCAACCAAAGAGCAGAAGAUGAGAGAGAAAGGUGAGAAGAAGUCGGCGGUUGAUGAGAAGUACCUUCAGUGGAAGUCUAUUGUUCCACUGCUCUAUGACUGGCUCACUAAUCACAAUCUCGUCUGGCCCUCUCUCUCUUGCCGAUGGGGUCCACAACUUGAGCAAGGGAAAUACAAGAAUCGACAACGUCUAUACCUCUCUGAACAGACUGAUCGUACUGUUCCAAAUACUCUGGUCAUUGCAAAUUGUGAAGUUGUCAAACCUAGGGUGGCAGCUCCAGAGCACAUAUCACAGUUCAAUGAAGAAGCACGCUCGCCAUUUGUGAAGAAGUACAAAACUAUAAUACAUCCGGGGGAGGUGAACAGAAUAAGGGAACUUCCACAAAACAAUAAUAUUGUGGCAACCCAUACUGACUGUCCCGAAGUUCUCAUUUGGGACAUUGAAGCCCAACCUAAUCGUCAUGCUGUCCUUGGAGCUGCCGAUUCUCGUCCAGAUUUGGUAUUGACUGGACAUCAAGAAAAUGCAGAAUUUGCUCUUGCAAUGUGCCCUACUGAACCCUUUGUGCUCUCUGGAGGGAAGGACAAGUCUGUGGUUUUGUGGAGCAUCCAUGAUCAUAUAUCAACAUUAAACGCAGAUGUACCCAAGUCUACAGGAUCUACUGGAUCAAUCAUUAAAGCUACUGAUAACCCUUCUAUUGGACCACGAGGGAUCUUCCAUGGGCAUGAGGAUACUGUUGAAGAUGUGCAGUUCUGUCCAUCAAGUCCACAGGAGUUUUGUAGUGUAGGUGAUGAUUCUUGCCUUAUACUAUGGGAUGCACGAGUUGGCGUUAGCCCAGUUGUGAAGGUUGCAAAGGCACAUGAUGCUGAUGUUCACUGUGUUGAUUGGAAUCCUCAUGACGGAAACUUUAUUCUAACUGGGUCCGCAGAUCAUUCUGUUAAAAUGUUUGAUCGCCGAAAUCUAACUUCUGGUGGAGUGGGGUCGCCUAUUCAUAAAUUUGAAGGUCACAAAGCUGCUGUACUUUGUGUGCAGUGGUCUCCAGACAAGUCAUCUGUAUUUGGAAGUUCAGCUGAGGAUGGUUUCUUAAACAUUUGGGACUACGUGGAGGUUGGUAAAAAGAAAGAGUAUGGGACAAGAACACCAAAUUCUCCUCCAGGGUUGUUUUUCCAACAUGCUGGGCACAGGGAUAAAGUAGUUGACUUUCAUUGGAAUGCAUCUGAUCCAUGGACCGUUGUUAGUGUAUCUGAUGACUGUGAUACCUCUGGUGGGGGCGGGACACUACAGAUAUGGCGCAUGAAUGAUUUGAUAUACAGGCCUGAAGAGGAGGUUCUGACUGAGCUCGACAAUUUUAAAACUCAUGUAGUUGCAUGCACUUCCAAAUCUUCUUGAGAAAGUAGAGAGCGCAUGUGUAUUUGCAAUACUUGAACGAUCAUUGUAAACUGUUGUGUAUUUAUUUAUUGUGUGAAUUUAGCUCCUCUUUUUAUUUAUUUAGAGAAAAAAGUAGGUACGCAGAGAGGAUGAAAUAAUGUUUAAUUUAGGUGUUUGAGAUGUGGUCGGGACUAUAAGUCGAUGAAGAUAUUAUACAAACAAGGUUGUUUAAUUUAUAGCCGUUUCAGAUGUAAUGUACUGUCCUUUAUAUUGAACCCCAAGCCAAAUGCUAAUGUUUUGAGCUA